AUUCCCUACAACUAAAAAAUUCGUUGGUUCACUAUCCUCACCAUAAUAGGAGACCCACGCCUUUGCCCAUGACCGCAUAGCUGUCACGAGAUGUGAUGCAAAAAAGCGAGUUGGGUUACGCAGAGAGCAUCUCGUUUUUCAUAGGUUGAUGGAAACUGGGCUAUCGUCAAAAGGAAAUGUGCGGGUUGUCGAGCAUCGACUCCACAAGCCUGAGCUAUAGGAAACGAAUAACGAAUACAUUUUCAUGAGCCUGUUUUUAUAGUACCACAUUGGUGCCAGUGGAAUCGUUGAGGGUGAGAGAGGAAUAGCACGUCUGAUCACGACAGGUGAAUUGCGUUUCAGCACCAAGGACAGCGACUUAUCAGUUCCUUAUUUUUGAGGCUGCAGCUUUGAAGACUGGGCGGUUCCGCAAGCCUUUUCCACCUGAAGAUCUUUUCUCUUGUCCUCCUGUCCUGUUUGUCAACUUCUCAUCAAGAGCUGCUUUUUGUUAGUGAAUAUCUCACUGAAGAUGGUGGAGGAGAAAAAGCAGGUGACAGGAUACCUCCUGUUCUCCCUGGCCACUGCAGUCAUUGGCUCGCUGCAGUUUGGCUACAACACAGGGGUCAUUAAUGCACCUGAACAGAAACUGCGGGCUUUCUUUAACAACACGUGGAUGGAGAGGUAUGGCGAGCCCAUCGCACCAGGAACGUGUACCAUUGUGUGGAGCUUUUCGGUGGCCAUCUUUAGUGUGGGCGGCAUGGUGGGCUCCUUCAGCGUCGGAGUGAUGGCAGACAGAUUUGGGAGGAAAUUGUCCAUGUUUCUGGUCAACAUCCUGGCUGUGAUCGGAGGCCUCCUCAUGGGUUUCUCCACCCUCUGCUCUUCCUAUGAGAUGGUCAUUGCCGGACGCCUCGUCAUCGGCCUCUUCUGCGGCCUCUUCACUGGCCUUACACCCAUGUACGUGGGGGAGCUGUCCCCCACCCCUCUAAGGGGCGCCUUCGGCACCUUACAUCAGCUGGGCGUGGUGGUUGGCAUCCUGGUGGCUCAGGUCUUUGGCUUGGAGUCUCUGCUGGGGUCGGACAAGCUGUGGCCUCUGCUGCUGGCUCUGACGGUCAUCCCGGCCGUGCUGCAGUGUAUCCUGCUGCCCUUCUGUCCCGAAAGCCCCCGCUUCCUCCUCAUCAACCAGAACAAGGAGGAGCAGGCCCGCAAAGCCCUGGUGCGUCUGCGUGGCUCCGAGGACGUGAGUAAAGACAUGCAGGAGAUGAAGGAGGAGAGUUCCAAGAUGGCCAUGGAGAAGAAAGUGACCAUCCCUGAGCUGUUCCGCACCGCAGCCUAUCGGCAGCCGCUCCUCAUCGCCGUCAUGCUCCACCUCUCCCAGCAGCUCUCCGGAAUCAAUGCUGUGUUCUACUAUUCAACUGGUAUCUUUGAAUCAGCCGGUGUAACCCAACCCAUUUACGCCACUAUUGGAGCAGGAGCUGUUAACACUGUCUUUACUGUGGUAUCUCUCUUCCUGGUCGAGAGGGUGGGACGAAGGACUUUGCAUCUCAUCGGAUUGGCCGGAAUGGCUGUCAGUGCCCUGCUCAUGACUAUUGCCCUCCUGUUGAAGGGCUACUCGUCUCUGAGCUACCUAAGCAUUGGGGCUGUGUUUCUGUUCGUGGCCAUGUUUGAGAUGGGACCUGGUCCUAUCCCAUGGUUCAUAGUGGCGGAGCUCUUCUCUCAGGGUCCGCGGCCUGCCGCCAUAGCCGUGGCUGGCUGCUGCAACUGGACCGCCAACUUCCUGGUGGGAAUCAGCUUCCCCAAACUGGAGGAGCUCUGUGGGCCUUACGUCUUUAUCAUCUUCAUGAUCUUACUCCUCUUCUUCUUCAUCUUCACCUUCAUCAAAGUCCCAGAGACCAAGGGCAAGACCUUUGACGAGAUCGCCCGCGAGUUUGGCGGGGGCCCCCUGCCACCUGCCACCUCCGUGGAAGCUCCUGCCACUAGUAGCAGCAUAACACUUCCUGCCUCUCCCAUCAAGGAGAAGGUCCCAUUGGUGGAGGCGGCAGCAGCAGAGGAUAAGUCCAACUCAACUGUACAGGAGAGCUUGUAGAAUCCUGUGUCGGGUCAAGGGUUAAAGGUCAGGGGUUGGCGGUCAGCUGGUUCAAAAACAGAUCAAAGGUUCAUUCUUUGGCAGUUCAGGUACAUGGGGACGAGUGAUUAAGGUGAUGGGAAAUAUACUGUUCGUGUACAUGGAAAGCCACAACACAUACAUAUUUUGGUGGAUACAGUAGCUAAGAUGAAUUAGUGUUAUUUUGUCACAUUUUUUGUGUAAUAUAUAGUACCAGUCAAAAGUUUGGACACACCUACUCAUUCAAGGGUUUUUCUUUAUUUUUUCUA